AUGACGCAGGGCCCGGCGCAGGCGCCCCAGGGUCUUCAUGUCUCCAAGGGCGCUUCGCAACUGAACGUGGUGUCCGCCUCCGACUCCAGCCUUGGCUCAGUCGGCGCCAUGGAGAAGGACUGGCACCAGGCGGACGCCUGUGAGGUGAUCAGCUGGGAGGGCCGCCCGGGCGUAGCGCCUGUGGAGAUGUUCUUCUCCGGCUUCCGCGCCUUCACCAAGAAACAAGCCGCCGAGACCGAAGUCCGCCUGGCGCGGCUGGAGGCGGCCGACAAGACGGUGUCGGACAGGCGGACCACCCUGUACAAUCGGUUUGUGGCCGGCUACCACAAGGCCAAGACCGAGCGAGCCGACAUGGCCCGCGAUCUGGAGGCCGCCAAGGCUGUUGCCGCCCGAGUCCCUAAGCUAGAGGAAGAUCUUCGGGCCGCCCGCGCCCAAUGUGCUGAGAGCGAGCAUGCGGUUCGGGACGCUGCCACUAAGGCGCAGGAGACUGCGGGAGAGCUGGCGCGGCUGCGCCAGCUCGAAGCCGCGAAGCAGGUUGGGCGGGAGGAGGUGGCGGAUCUUAGCAAGCGGCUGGAGGAGGUGGAGCAGCAGCGCCUGGCGCUUCGCAAAGAGGUGACCUCCAAGUCCGAGGAGCUGUCGGCCACAGCCAAGCGGUGGGUGUCAGAGAUUAGCGCGCUUGACCGCGGCUUGGCGGCGGCUUUCCCGGAGGCUCAGGCGGCGGUGUUACCGGUAGCCGGCAGGGCGCGGGAUGCCCGGAGGCAGGCCACGGGCGAGGAAAGCUCUGACUGUUUCUCGAUGGAUGACUAUCUGGCGACCAUGGCCGCCCGCGUCGAGCCGAUUACUAUGCUUGGCUGGGAGCUCAGGAAGGCGGCUGAAGAACUCCUCGACCAGCUGGAGUACCGGCGGGCCGACGUGGAGAACAAGCUUCCGGCGGAAAAUAAAACAGCCUGGCUUGCCCGCGCCUGCGCCAUCGCCGACUUCGUCGACAAGGGCAUCUUCAUCGUGGACCCGACUCCGCCUGAGGACUCGGAUGAGGAGUCUGAGGGUGAGGAGACGGAUGCGCCAGAAGUGCCAGAGGCGGACCCGGCGGCCGGCUUGUCAGAUGCUCCUCCGGCUGGUCCUCCACCAGCCGGCGCUUAG